AAAAAAACGAAAAAAAAGAGCGAGUGACUUUUUUGUAGUCUUGCUCUAUUAGCACGGAAAAUACCCGUUCUCUUGGCAUUUCCGAAAGCAGAAACUAUUUAUAGCACAAUCAAAUUCUCACGCGGCAAACACAAUAUGCCAAAACUAAAGAGUUUGCUGCCCAACAUCUUUGGCGGCAACAAAGAGGUGCACACAACAAAUAUGAAUUCGGAAGGACGACUAGAAACAGAUGCAUUGCCGAUCAGCGAUACGGAUAACAAUAGCGGCGCCCUAUCGCUGCCCUCCAAUACGCCAACAGCAUCAGCAGAUCUAACCGAAUCGGUGUUGCGCGAACUCUCCGAUCCCAAUUACAAUUCCAUGGAUGUGGUGCAAUCCGCGCAGAUACCGGGCAACGCGCUGGUCAAUCGCAACGGCAACGGCAGCGGCAGCAGCAGCAGCGGCAACAACAACAACACAAUGAACACCAUGAAUGUGCACAGUGCACAGCAACAGGUGGUGAUGAACUUCUCGAAUGCCAGCAAUUUGCAUUUUGGCUCAGUUUAUAAUUUUAAUCAAAAUUUGAGCGCCUGCAGCUCACGCAAAGGCAGCACCAGCACCACAGAGGAGCUGGCGAGCGCCAUGCCACCAGCCGAUGGUAAACGUCAUGUGCCGCGCAAAACGGUCAGCAUUGUGGCCAUGAUGCAGUCCCAGCAGGAGCCCGACGAGCGUCUGCUCGACACGGUCGCCACGCAUCUGGGCGAGGGCUGGAAGCAUGUUAUGCGCGAACUUGGCCAUUCCGAAGGUCAGAUCGAGCAGGCGAUUAUCGAUCAUCAAAUGCACGGCAACAUCAAGGAGGUCAUCUACCAAUUGCUGCUAAUGUGGGUGCGCGGGGCGGAUGACGGGGUCGCCACCGUGGGACGACUCACCACGCUGCUAUGGGAAACCCAGCAUCGCGAAUGUGUGCAGCGCAUGAAACUGGUUUGGAAGGCGCUCGAGAAGCGCAAGACGUCCAGUUAGCUGACCACAAAUAAACCGAACGACACAUAACAAAAAAAAAGGAAAAAAAAACGACAAAACAGGGCAUUUCGGAGCGGCGAUUCGUGCAAAAGCGCGUGUCUUAGUCUUAGGUCUCUAAUUUAGUUGUUAAAACUUAUAAUUUUUAGUACAUAUUUGUCACGCCUUUUCUGUGCACUUAAGCAUUAUUUUCUGUGCAAUAUUGUUAAAAACGAAAAAAAAGCAAUUUUGACAAACGGCAUAUUGUUAAAUACCGUUAAUAUAUAUAUAUAUAUAUAUAUAUAUAUAUGUAAACUUCGAAUAAGUGCCUAACAAGUUUGUCCUCAAGCAACUUGAUUUGUUUCCAAAUGUGAUAUUUCGAGUGCAAGUUCGUUGUGCAAUAUGCAUUUUUCACCCAAGUAAUCUACAGACAAUAAACAAGCCG